GUUCACGUGACCAUGACGACAGUUGAUUUUCCGUAUGUGAAGAACUACAUUACCCAGAAGAUCGAGCAGCGAUUCGCAAGGAAUCAUCAUGAAUUACGCUCGGUUUCUGACAGCUGUCAGCGCAGCCAGGAAGCCUUCCCCCAUCAGGAUGCUGACUGAGCUGCAGCAGCGCUCGCCUCCAUCCCUGAUCUCUUUGGCCGGAGGAGCACCCAACCCCAACACCUUCCCCUUCCUGUCGGCGUCCAUCAAGGUGAAGCACGGAGAGACUGUAACGUUUGACGAGGCGGCGAUGAAGAGGGCUCUGCAGUACUCGGCUUCUAAUGGAAUCCCUGAGCUGCUAACGUGGAUGAAGAACCUCCAGAAAAACCUGCACAACCCUCCGACCGCCAGCUGCACCCCAGAGAACGGCCAGAUGGACAUGUGUGUGACCACAGGGAGCCAGGAGGGGCUCUGUAAGGUGUUUGAGAUGCUGGUGAACCCCGGAGACAACGUUCUGCUGGACGCGCCCACAUACUCAGGCACACUCGCAGCCCUCCAGCCGCUCGGUUGCAACUUAAUCAACGUUCCCAGCGAUCAGCACGGCAUGAUACCUGCAGCCCUGAAGGAGGUUUUGUCUCGCUGGAAUCCCUCAGAGGUCCACAAGCCCGACAGCGACGCCCCCAAGGUCCUCUACACCAUCCCCAACGGAGGAAACCCCACCGGUGCCUCCAUGACAGCUCAGAGGAAGCAGGAAGUGUACGAGCUCGCCCGACAGUAUGACAUGCUCAUCAUCGAGGACGACCCUUACUACUUCCUGCAGUUUGAUAAGCCGUGGGCUCCCACGUUUCUCUCCAUGGACGUUGACGGAAGAAUCAUCAGGACAGACUCAUUCUCUAAGAUCCUGUCUUCAGGGCUGAGGAUCGGUUUUGUGACCGGACCCAAACCUCUGGUAGACCGGGUGGUGCUGCACAUCCAGGCCUCCACGAUGCACACAAGCACCUUCACACAGCUCAUGGUGUCUCAGCUGCUGCACAGCUGGGGGCAGGAGGGCUUCCUCCAACACAUCGACCGGGUGAUCGAGUUUUACAGAAAGCAGCGUGACGCCAUGAUCGGCUCUGCGGACAAGUGGCUCAAAGAUGUAGCAGAGUGGCACGCCCCGUCUGCCGGCAUGUUCCUGUGGAUCAAAGUGAAAGGCAUAGCCGACACCCAGCAGCUCAUUAUGGAGAAAGCCCUGGAGAAAGAGGUGUUGCUGGUUCCUGGAGGUGUCUUCAUGAUCAACAGUAAUGACCCGUGUCCCUACGUCAGAGCGGCCUUUUCACUCUCCACACCAGAGCAGAUGGAUGAGGCUUUCAGAAGACUGUCCUCGCUCAUCAAAGAAGCGUUGUGAUCAAAGAUUCAUCUCUACCUGAUACUGUGUCAGUGUGUGUAAUGUGUCAAUGAAGGUUUGUCUGUUAAAAUGUAAAAUAAAACUUGAAUUUAUUUUA